UGCGGUGCAUCUGGAGGACCAAUCACUACCAAUGUUUACGUCUGAGGUUGGCGAUGGCAUGAGGAGGAAUCGAAUUCAUGAACUUCUGGUUAGGAAACAAACACUCUAUCAUUGAGCAAUGCGACCGAGAUGCCAUGAUGCGUCACAAAAGACUAAAACACGGGGACAGCGAUCAGGAAGAGGAUAUUGACAUGAGUGAUGUCUCUCCAACACAGAGUGAUACUGACAGUGACGCAGAGGAAGAGAAUAUCGUCUUUCGCCAAAUGGCACAUAAAGCGCGAAAACAUAUUGCCGGGGAGUGGCAGAAGAGAUACGAGAAAUACUUGAACCAAAAUAUGUCAGAAAAGAAAGCUAGUAAGAAAGCAGACGAAAAGACCAAAGGAGAAACUUACCAACAGUUUAGAAAACUGUAUGAGCGGUUCCUUUACGAUCAGUAUCAGUUGCAAGAAGACACAACGCACGAAAAGGUGACGGACGCCAUCAAUGAAUUUGUGUCCGACAAUCAUGGAUUAAAGAAAUCCAUCAAGAUGGCUCUUCGCAAACACAAAUAUCUACUUGAAUCUUACCUAGAUAAGUAUGACAAUGAUGAAGACGAGGAGGAAGACGAGGAGGAGGAGGAGGAGGAGGAAGACUAACCGAUGCGACAUAAUCACACCACUGUAUA